UCCAAAAGAAACCCAAUGCAGCAAGGGAACAGUGCUAACCACCAAUCCACCAUGCUACCCUACAGACAUACCCUUGUAGUAAUACAUACUCCUGUAGGGGUAGAGUAGGCGGAGCCGGUGUUGAGAAGGAGGCUUACAAAGCUGACUGUGAUGUCAUCACUGCUGACCCCCGCGACCCGGAUAUGACAUCAGCAGCAAAGUAUCUGCAAAGCAGCAACAGAGUAAACCCAGGGGCACGGAGAUCGUGAUCUUCAGGGGACAAAAUGAAUGCCCGGAUCUUCUCAGUGAAAAUCUCCAUAUCACUUCUACUGAUCUUUAUGUUUUUGUCUGGGUACUUAUUCUGCUACCAAAGAAAAACAGACUUCACCAGGAAGUGGAUUCCAAAUUCCGUAACAUUAGAGACAAAAACAAUACAAAGAAGAAAACCUGUGAAUAACUUGACUUACCCAGUAUUCAAGCACCCCCUGGCUCCCCCAUACCCGUACCCAUACAACUUUAUUCUCAACCAGCCAGACAAGUGCAAGAACCGGACGCCUUUCCUCGUUUUGAUGGUGCUUGUAGAGAGCCAGGACAUCAUGUCUAGACACACAAUCCGGGAAACAUGGGGUAAUGAAAGUCUUUAUGAUGUCGAUGUGGUCAGGGUCUUUCUAGUGGGACAACCUGUACAUAUUCCUGACCAGACCCAGUUGUUAUUGGAGGAAGAAAAGGAGGUCUUUGGGGACAUCAUCCAACAAGACUUCAUGGACACCUAUUAUAAUUUGACCUUGAAAACUUUAUUGGGUAUAGAAUGGGUGACCAAGUUCUGUCCUUCUGCCAGCUAUGUCAUGAAGAUAGACAACGACAUGUUUGUCAAUGUAGACUACUUAGUCCAUCAGCUUCUUCGUCCAGACUUACCUGUUCUCCAAAAUUACUUCACAGGAUUCAUAGUUUUCAAUGGUUCCCCCUAUAGGGACGCCUCUUCCAAAUGGUACCUACCUAAGGAGGUCUAUCCAAAUGACACUUUCCCACCAUAUUGCGCUGGUCCUGGAUAUGUGUUUUCAGUUGACAUGGCGCAAAAAAUCUAUGAUGUGUCCCAAAACAUUAGGGUCAUCCCCAUGGAAGAUGUAUUUAUGGGGGUAUGCUUGUAUGAGCUCCGUAUCCCACCUACCAAACCACCUCCAGGCAUAUUUAAUGGCCUCAGGAUUGAUUAUGACCUUUGCACUUUUAAAAAAGUUGUGACAGUGCACAAAUACAAAAGAGAAGAACUGAAGACUUUAUGGGCAGACUUUUGGUCCAAGAAAUCUCAGACCUGCUAAGAAAAUGGGAUUUUUAUUUCAUAGAAACUAAAAAUGGACAAGAAUGAAACCAUUUAAAAUGGAAAAAUCUCUAAAAAAAGUAUCGAGAACUUCCCAUUGUGGAGAGACUUUGGAGAUGUAUAUGACAUUAGACAACAGAUGCCUAUUGAAUGGGUACUCCGCAUUUGACAACUUUUCUUGCAUUCAACUCUAGGAUGUGAUGGGCUGAUGAAGUCCUUCUUCUGAUAGGCACCCUCCUUAUUUAUGGUGCUAUGUAAUGGUCACUAUUCUCUGUGGCAACAUAUGAACAGUUGGCUCCUUGAGAAAAGCAGAGGGAUCUGCUAUCAGAAGCUGAAGCCCCUCUCUAGGUUCUGCAGAAUCUUGUCUAUAUUCUCUAUACAUUUUAUUUAUAAUAAAA